AAAAACAGUACGAGAUACGGACGUACCUAAUCAAGUCAAGGCACAUAAUUAUUGAAGCCAACUUUCAAAUUAUUUGAGUGAAUCCGUGUCAUCAUAGUGAUAAAUUAAACCUUCACAAUGUACUCCCCGAAGCUGAGACCUCCAAUGUCAAUUUCCAAUAAAGCCGGAGACCAGGACGGCACAUUGCUAAGCACUAGACGUUGUUUAUUAACCUGGGCAUUCGUCAGACUGAUCGUGUCCUUGCUAUGGACUGGUAUGGUCGUGUUAGUUACAGUGGUAACAAUAAUCCACUACAACGAUGAAGAUAAUUUGAAUGACAAGGAUCGCUUGCUGUUUGAAGUUCCAGCUAUAGCAGUACAAAUGGUCGAAAUAGGAAUGCUUAUCACAUUCAUCGUGGCUGGGUUUAAGAAAAGUGCGAAGCUGUACGAUGUUUACUACCGCUACUGCAUCCUGACGCUGGUGCUGUACGUCGGAGCAGUGACCAUCAGCUUCUUCGUAGAAUAUAGAAACUGUCAUUAUCUGCUAGAAAACUACAUCACCUACCAUUUCGUUGAUGUCGUUGACGUUUUUGGAAUGGCCGAGGCAUUAUUAUUUGGAACGAUAGCUGUGAUUGAUAUUUGUUUAGAAAUUCUUCUGCUAUGUUUAAUCAAGAAAUUAAUUCUGAAAUACAGUCACAAUGAAGACCCAAAGACAACGUCCGUAUAAGUUAUUAACAAGUGUUCAUAUAUUAAUAACUACUUAAUUAUUAUAAGGAUAUGUUAUAUUUUUGUAUGUAGGUAUAUAAUUUUAUAGCUUUACAUAAGGUUAAUUUUACAUUAUUAAAACAGUUUUAUUUGUCAAAAAU